AUGGACUCUCCCACACACACUCGACCAAACAUGAAAAAGCACUCGGGCCCCGGUCCAGACCCCUUGGCCUACGAGACAGAAAUCUACCAAAAAGGCCUAACGUACUCCCGGCCGCCGUUCACAUUCACCGCACUAGACUGGGAACCCCUGGCGGCCGAGCGCAUGUCGGCCGAAAGCAAAGGCUACGUGACCGGCAACGCAGGCAGCGGCGAGACGGCACGCAAAAACCGGCUCGCCUUCGAGAAAUGGUCAAUCCUGCCCCGACGCCUGGUCGACACGCAGAAGCAUUUCCCCGACCUCUCAAUCUCGAUAUUCGGCCAGGACCUACCGUUCCCGAUCGCCCUUGCGCCCGUGGGUGUGCAGCGCAUCUUCAACCCGGACGGCGAAAUCGCAUCCGCCAAGGCCGCGGCCAAAGAACGCGUGCCGUAUAUCAUGAGCACGGCGAGCAGUGCGUCGAUCGAAGAAGUGGCCCGCGCCAAUGGUCCAGACGGAGACCGAUGGUUCCAGCUGUACUGGCCGGCCAAUGAACACGACGACAUCACCAUCUCCAUUCUCUCGAGGGCCAAGAAAGCCGGCUUCUCCGUGCUGGUGGUUACCCUGGACACCUUCAUUCUCGGCUGGCGGCCCAGCGACAUGAACAACGGGUAUAACCCGUUCUUGAGGAGCGAUCAGGUCGGCGUGGCCAUCGGGUUCACCGAUCCCGUCUUUCGUAAGCAAUUCAGGGAGACCCAUGGCGUGGAAGUCGAGGACGAACAGGGUGCCGCUGCGGCCGAGUGGACGAGGACCGUGUUUCCCGGGUUCAGUCAUAAUUGGGAGGAUGUCAAGUUUCUGCAGCGCCAUUGGGACGGGCCGAUAGUCCUGAAGGGCAUCCAGACCGUGGCUGAUGCCAAAAAAUGUGUCGAGAUCGGCGUCCAGGGUAUUGUGGUGAGUAACCAUGGCGGCCGCCAGACGGAUGGCGGCGUCUCUUCGCUGGGGGUCUUGCCGCGCAUUGUUGACGCCGUUGGCGCCCAUCUGGAGGUCAUCUUCGACUCGGGCAUUCGCUGUGGUGCGGAUAUUGCUAAAGCCAUGGCUCUCGGAGCCAAGAUGUGUCUUGUUGGGAGGCCCUAUGUCUAUGGCUUGGUUCUGGGCGGCGAGGCCGGCGUCAGUCAUGUUGUGAAAUCAUUGCUCGGAGACCUGGACUUGACCUUGCAUCUGGCGGGCAUUCCGUCCGUGUCGCCCAAGGUGUUAAAUAGAGAUGUCUUGAUUCGAGAGGCCGACCUGUAG